CUUUGUGGCAGCAUACAUGGUAUAGAUAUGCUUUCAUUCCCAAGUUAUGACGACUUCUCAGGUAAGAUUGUGUUUUGAUCCUGCCGACCAAACAGUUUGCUCUCUUUGUUCCCUUCCAACAUUGCCUGCCGACCAAAACGCGCUUUGCUCUCCUUGCUUCGUUUACUAUUGCAAAUCAGAGGUGAAGCUUCUUACCUUCUUUUCGACCAUUGCGUUCUUCGGCACAAAAGCAUUCCAAAAAUGCUUCUCAAUCCUUCCCACAAAAUCACCUUCAGCGGCUUGCCACCUGACGUGCUCGAUGCGUACGUGCGGUACAAGAAAGGGAGCCGCGCACUGGUGGCAUGGUUGAUCCAGUACAGUCCGACGCCGAACCGUCGCGUCAAAACACUGCCCAUCAAGGAACUCGAAGCUCUGGCAAAGACGGCCGCGAAAAGGCUGCGGGCUGUACCCGACAUGGUGCAUUUCUAUUUUCGAGAAACAAUCACGUCUCGCAAGAGACUCAGCAAGUAUUUCCGUGCCCAGGUGGAUGAAUCGGCCGUUGAUGUCGACACGAUCAAUCACGAGCAUUUCACGACAAGCCUGGCUCAGAUUUACAACGAUCUCUGUGCGUGUUGUGGUCGCAACGACCAUAAAUCGGGAAGUCAAAAGAGAGAGUCGGUCGCGUCGUCCCUGGAAAGUCCGAAGAACACUUACCUUGGUCUGGACGUGGAACACAUCGACGAACCCGAGGAAGAGUCUGAGCAAGAUGCGCUUUCUUCAUGCCCAGAAUGUACCGCAGCGGGCCCGACGAGUUGCGAGGGCAAGAGUCCAGAAGUUCACUUCGGUGACGACGAACUCGGGACAUUUCUCGAAGUGAAUGAAGCCAUCCAGCGUAUCAGUGAUAUUUCGUCCUCCGUUGAACGUUGCUGGGCUCUAGCCGCGAAUGGCCACCUUUCCUUCCCGGUAGCUGCCUUUGUUACGGACGUCGCAUUUUCGAUGUUGCGUCAAGUCGGGGUCGAGUUGCUCACGCAUGACGAGGAUCUCACACUUUCGAGACUUCAUCAGCUGUGUUGUAAGCGAAUCGGUGACGAGGUCACGAACGGUGAGAAUUCGGGCGACGGUGGCCACGUUCUUCUCGACGAGCUGCAAAAGAUGGAACAAUCACUCCUUCAUUUUCGAGAAGGACACAGCAAGUUGCUCAUCCAGUCAUGCGCUGUGUGCGUCCAGAAACCUGCCGAAUACAUCCAACCACCAGCAGGCGGCAGUGGGACCACGGCAAGACCCCGGUUCGUGGAAGCGAUAGUCGACAAUAUCGUACACCUCGUCGCUAGGACGGCCGCACCACCCAACAUCGUCAGAAACAGUACGCCCGUGUACGCCGACGUGGGCUAUCUGAUCACGCGGGACGACGAAAAGGCCCAGUCCUGGUCCGCCAUCUUGGGUCUUGAGCUGCUGACCAAAGGCUACCGGAGCUACCUCGAGUCCCUUCCUUUGGCCAACGAGAUCUCUAGGUGCCGUCUCGCGGCUCUCCGGCUGGCCCAGCAAGCUUCUUCGCAGGUGUCGAGGGUCCUCAACGACAAGACGUGCUUCCCCUGCCGCUGCACCCAGACGUUGGCGUAUCAUUUGCAGAAUCUCGAGGCCGAUUUGAAUUCCUACGCCAAGUACAAGUGCUGGGACAUAUACUUUCAGUCGCCGUGGGUCGCGGGGAACCAGAUUUUGGAGAUUCUCGACCUGUGUCACUACUACGGCAUGCGACUGUUCAACUACCGACACUACGUCGGGGCGGUCUUGCAUUCCUACAACGCCCUCACGCAACUCGACCGUCUCAAAAAGAUCCCGAUCCUGGAAAGUCUCUGCGAUCAAUUUGGUGGUGUCUUCUUCCCGGGUGGCACGCGGCCAAAGGGCAGUUUCCGCGCGUGCUGGAGUCGACACGUCGGCGCUCGCCUAAAGUUCAAAAGGGGCCACAAGAACAGAAACAGCAACGACGCGUGGUGCAUGGCGAUCCCGGCCCACGCUGCCCGUCGCGCCGCCGGACUCGGGGCUUACGGUGGCAGCGGCGACACAGAUUCGACCAGCAAGGUCGAUUGUCUUGUUUUCAGGGUCAAACAGCAAGACUACAAUGUCGGAGACGACGUGUGGGACAGCCUAAACGUCGCUGCCGCCGACGUCGUCGAUAAAAAAGGUUGUGCUACCACCCGGACGACCAAAAGACGGAGUGUUGGGGCUACGGUGUCGUCGCAGCGGCGUCGCGAGUCGUUGUCGACGUCAACGGAGUCGUCACAACAACCACGUCUUUUGGAUCUUGCAGAAGCGGCACAAAGGUCUUUUACAACCGCCACAACCGAGUCGGGUGUCUUACCCCUCGCGCGCUUGAACAUGUUCGCCGUCUUCGAGAGGUGCGUGCAAGUCGUUUCGACAUUGUCAGAUGGCACCCACACCAGCCCCGACGAGAAGGGAAGUAAUUGUAUCUGUUUCGCGAGUGCCAUUCUCACGGGCGGGGAUAGGAUCGUGGAUGCACGCAAGUUUGGUCGUUUCGAGACGUGGAAAAAGGAUGAAAAAGAAUGCGUCAUUCAAGCUGGGAAAGCGAUUUUGGAUGCUUUUGGAACCGUGAAGGAGGACGACGAUGAUAGCAAAAACAAAGACGAUGGGGAAGAAUGGUUAUGGAGUAUUUGAUUGUUCACUUCAGUUUAGCUUAGAUUAGGUUAGCUAUCUGAAUCGUAAGUACCCCGUGGGUAAGUAUGUGGGAUGAACCCCCUUUUGCUUUGGCUGCUGAGACAAACCUCAAGGACUUCUCGGCAGAGCUCGAUGCUCUCUUUACAAUGGGUCAAUUCGUGCCCUUUCCUUAUCGCUGUUAUCUACUGAUGACUGUUCGGUAGAUCCUUGCGCUGGGCUUUCGCAGGAUCUGUUCCUCGUGCUGGGCUUCCGGCAGAACCUGGUCCAUCGGUGGAGGUUUGGGCAGGACCUGAUCCUGAUAUUGGUUGCGGUUCGGGUUGCGGUGUUCCUUCUGAUCCUGCUUCGAACCAAAAAGCGUUCUUAUCAUCUUUGCUAACGAAAGAAUUCAAUUGUUUUAGUAUUGCCACCGAGAAAAGGUCGCCAACUGUUUCAUCAACUGGAGUUUUAGUAAUGUCGAAAAGUCGGGCUCUGUAGUUUCAUUCGAUUGGCUCAUAGGUUGAUAUCGUAAGGCACAUGAAGGUUGGCGACAUGGCUACCCUUGUUUCGUCGAUAGGGUGAUCUUCCUCCAACAACUUGGCACAUACCUUUCGGGAUCCCUUUGCGUUUUCCGAUGCUUCAACCGUCAGACUUACAAAUGUAGUCAUUCGAAGUAUCAGUUGUCGUAAACUAUUAGACCUAGGUCUAAAUAAAGUUGUAAUUUCUUCAUCGUCGAGUUCUGUGGAGUACACUUC